AUGAUAAUCGAGCUUCUCGUCCUACUUCUUAUAGUGGUCUUCGUUCUUUGCAAAAACGUCAACCGUCUCCGAGGUCUUCCUCCAGGACCGACGCCUUUCCCGAUCGUCGGUAAGGCGGCGGCGGUCGACGGAAGACGAAGGGUUUCCAGGAAAUGUCUUCCAAAUAUCGAUGGAACGGUUCGACACGCAAAUCAACGAGUACAAGAAGGAGUACGGCGGAAUCUUCACCCUCUGGCUGCCUUUUCCCACCGUCAUCAUCUGCGACUAUGAUGUUGGUUUUACUCGAUCUUGAAGAUUUUUUAGUGAUUUUAGUUUUAACCUCCUCCGUUCGUGAUUUUGAAUAGACUGUUGUAUCAAGAAAUGAAUUUUCACAAUCACGAUUUUUUAUUUUUUUUACUUUGGCAAUUUUACUAAAGGUCAAAAAACUGUCAAUUGAAGUUAUUCAGUCGUUGUUGUCUCACCGGCAAAAUUUUAUUUUUUGGAUAAUUCUGCCCUUUUCAAUCAAAAUUAUUGGUCACACGGAUCUGUGACAUUUUGUGGUCUGUUUGAUUUGUUUGAAUCGAGAAUUUUCUUUGAGAUUAACCUUUUGAUGACAAAAAAGAUACAGAUGCUCAAAAGGAAUGUGAUUCGGAACGGAGAAGCUUUCGCCGGUCGCCCGGACACAUUUGUCAUGGACAUGCUUGUUCAGGUACCAGUUUCAACCAUUCUUUCUGCCAAACUUGUGAGUUUCAGGGAAACUACGGUCUUUUCUUCAUGGAGAACUAUUGGUAUAAGGCCCAGCGAAAGUUCACUUCGCAUAUUUUCCGAUCUCUCGGCGUUGGCCAGGCUGGCACACAGGUCUGUUUUCUCUAUUUUAUAUCCUCGGAUUAGAAAUUUCAAGAGCCUUUCCUUAUUAGUUCAGGAAACGAUUGCCAACCUGGCAAGCGGACUUGUUCCUUUGAUCGAGAAAGAAAAGGGAGAGCCCAUGGAGCUCCGCAAAUACCUUGUGGUAGGUUUUUCAUUAUGCUUUUGGUAAUUUUUCACGAAAAUCUAUUACUUCAGCACGCGGUCGGUAAUGUGAUCCACAAGCACUUGUUCGGAUUCACUCGAGAGUGGGAUGAGAAGGAGAUUUUCGACUUCCACGUCGAAAUCAAUGAGGUUUGACGUCGAUGAGUCUUCCCCCAGAUAUCAAAAAAUUUCGGGUUCAAUACAAAAACAUGGUAAAAUCAAAAGAUCGAAAAGGUGUUUUCAAACUGCAAAUACGUUGUUUCACCAAUGUCCUAGUGGAGAAUAAAUAUCCUUUUCGAUUCCUAGUUUGAGACUAAAAUAUGAACGUUUCUCUAAUAGAACAAACUAAAACUUUCUUCAUCAUUUUACAUCUUUGUACCGUUGAACGGCGCCAGAGCCCCACGUCGGCGAGGAAAAGUUCUAUCCUGAUAUCAGUGGACUGGCCCUUGUGAAAUAUCCGUCCUUGUGUGUGUCGGUUGGGGGUUUCGGAGCCGUGGUUCCCCACUACCAACAUUCCUGAAAUCCCUUAGUUGGCUCGCGGCUUGUGACUGACCGUAGACAGGUACACAACCUGUUGAGCUACGCAGCACCGCUGUAGACCAACUUAACUUAUCCGUUAAAAAUAGAAAUGCAGGUUCUGGAGCAUUUCACGGCGCCGAAGACUCAGCUUCUCGACGCGUGGCCCUGCCUUGCUUAUCUGGACAAACCUCUCCAGCUGGGCAUCCCGACGACCAUGAAGGCCAACAACAAGAUUCUCGACAGGCUUGAAAGAGUUGCAGACGAUUUAGGUUGUUUGGAAACGAAAUUUAUUGAUAUUAGACUCUCGAAACGCAUAAGAAGGCGAUCAACUACGAUGAGGAACCGACCAACUACAUCGACGCCUAUCUCAAGGAGAUUAAAUUGAGGAUGGCUGACGCCGACAUCGGUAAGUAUCGUAAAUAAUUGAAUUUUUCGUCUCAAGUUAAACGCAAUAAGGCAUGCUUGGCUAGCAAAUAAUCCCUCGAAGAGAAGAAACUCCUUGACCAAAUUUACCGGGUUUCUUUUAAAAAAAAUGGUUUUGUAUCUUAAAAAUUGUUUGAAGAGGUUUUGUAAGUUCUAUUUUUUAUUAUCCCUCCGUUUUUCGCGACUUGAAAUUGUUGUUUUUCUCUGCGCAUACCUAGGGACCGCAGACGAAUUUUCAAAAAAAUUUUUUCAGCAUUGAGCUUUGUAUGGUUCGAUAGCUGUUUCGAUUCAAAACUCAGAACCGUUUAGUUUUUCAAAAAAGAUUGAGGAUGAAAAAAGUUAUGACGGAAAAGGUGGCGCGCCGCGCACCAUGUUUUUUUAGUACUGAAAAUUUGGUAUUUCCAUUUUUGACAUUUUUCUCGAUUUUUCUUCUAGAACAAGUUUUGAUACUGGUCUAUUAUGAUGUAACAAAUCAUAAUAGAGUGCUGAAAUGAUGCUAAUCAGCUAGUUUGCCGAAAAAGUCGGUAUUUUCCAGAAAACAAAAAACUGGCGCUUGCGGGCAUCGAACUCGCGACCUCAAAAUGUAAAAUCGGAGCGCACGCGUUGCGCCAAGCUGUUAGGUCCAACGCGGGGAGCUUCCAUCCCCCAUACCCUUGAGCCGUUUGAAUAGCACAGAUUGCCUAUUUCAAAAAUAAAAACUUGAAGUAAUUUAGCUAUUUUUAUCAGAAUAUGUUCGCAAAUCUUUACUCAAACGUUUCGUGGAAAUUCACUUCGAAAAAACUGUUUUUUUAGUGCUUUUUGCCUCGUUUAACGAUCGCUGCAUUAAAACGGCCCCGUAAAUUUUUUUGGCAAAGACGAAUUUUUUUAUUUUUAUUCUUUUUAAUUGAAAGAUUUUUUUACUAAUAAAUGUAUAUAAUCGUUUGAAAAACCUGCGUUCGACCGCUUUCUGUGUGAUAAACGCCGCUAAUUUUUUUCUCUAGUUUCAAGAGCAUUUUUGCGUAUUAAACAACUUUUUCAAGCACAGGUGCUGUGGAGAAAAAUUUAAGUAAGACCAUGGUCUAAAUUUUGAAAAAACAAAAACUCGAUUAUAUUCGCUUAUUAACGAUAUUUUGAAUUAUGACUUUCGGCGCUCCCUAAAAUUUUUGGCAAAGACGAAUUUUUUAUUUUAUUGUUUUAAAAUUACCGUUACUUGAAUCAAAAUCAUUAUUUAAAAAAAGAAAGAGUGCGUUCGACCUAAAAAAACACAUGAAAAAAAGCAAAAAAACGACAAAAAUUUUUUUAGUUCCAUUCACGUUUUUUUGUACGACAUUCCGCGAGAACGCAUCAAAAAAAGCGUGAAAUAUUUUUUUAAACGAAAGAGGAAGCUUUUCCUGUACAUGUGUGUCAAAUUUUAUUCGCCAGUUCCACAUAUUUUACAACUACAACAAAAUGAAAGUUGAAAACCAAAAAAAAGCCACUUUUUCUAUCGCGAAAAGGGGCGUGGCUUUGCGGUCCCUACGCAUACCUCGUCUCUCGGCGACCCUCUCAUGUUGCCGAGUUUUUUUCAUUUUUCUCUAACUUCGUCGGUUAGGGAACAGAGAGACGCAGACACUCGAAAAUUGUCAAGUCCCGUCAAAUGGUCUAUAGAAGAUGCGAAUAUCAUGACAGAGACUCCGAAAGUCACUUGAUGCUGAAUCUGGACUCCCCAAUGUUAUGAGAAAGAUUUCAGAGGGAUUCACAGAGAAACAGCUCGUCGUCGCCAUUUACGACUUGUACAGGUUAGCUUUGUCGGAAAAAAAAACUGCUCUUUGACCUUUAAACUUCAGCGCUGGAAUGGAGACUAUAAUCAUAGUUAUCCGUUUCGCAUUCCUCUACAUGCUCAACAAUCCGGAAGCUCAAAGUCGGAUCCACGAAGAGCUGGACAACGUCGUCGGUCGCGAGAGGGUCGGUCUCAUUUCCAAGGAGAGAUGUCUCUUUUGGUCGUUUGAUGGAAUCUGUAUUUUUUCAUUUAUCCAAAAGUGUUUGCGAAGAAAUGCGCGAUUAUUCAAACCCCAUUUUAAGUCGGAAAGCCCGCUUUAUUUUUUAUAUCCUUCAAUAUUUUUUUAAGUAUUUUUUUAAGAAGCACAGAAAAAAAAGUAAGUCUUUUUCUCUUACCUUUUUUUGAAAAAAAUUGCAAUUAGCAAAAAGAAACAUGUUUAAAAAGUUUUUUCUUCGAAAGUAUCGUUUGAAUUUUUAGGAGUGAAAGAAGGAUCAUUGUCCGGCUGUUUUUCUCAGUACUUAAAGGUCCUAACCGUUUGAAACUUGACGAUCCUAUAAUUUCGGAACUUUGAAGUCUGAACACUCUUCUUCUCUCACACCUUUUUACUUAUGCUUUACAAAUACAGUCCAGUACUUACAAAAUAGCUACCUAUACCUUCUAAUUCUUUAAAAAAGCAUGUUUCCCAAGAUUUCAUCAUGAAGCUAUUCAGGGCGUAGUGAUGGACGACCAGAAGUUGCUGCCGUACACUUGCGCCUUUCUCCAAGAAGUCUAUCGCCUUGGAUACGUUCUGCCUGUCAAUUUCCUCCGCUGCACGCUGGAGGAUACUAAAUGCGAAGGUACUCUCAAUAAAUUCUAUUUUUUUUUAUUUGAAUGAAGUUUCUAAUAGCGCAUCAAAUGUUAAAAAGCCGAAUUGAGGGUACAAUCUGAGGGCUGGAACCCGAAUAAUCGCCCAGUUCCAGUCGGCUCACAUCGACGCCAAGCAUUUCGAAGACCCAGAAGUUUUCUCAGCCGAAAGAUUUUUGCAAGUGAGUUUUCUUCUCCCACAAACGUAACAAGGAAUGACACCAAUGCGAAAAUUUCCUCCGUGUUAGGUAAUAUCAAUCCACUAUAUAUAAUAUCAACAAGCUCCCAACUUUGGUUCAGAACGGUCAAUUCGUUCGCGAUGAACGGAUCAUGCCGUUCUCGAUAGGCAAAAGAUCCUGCCUCGGGGAAUAUCUUGCGAGAAUGGAGGUUGGAUACCGAUUAAAUGUUUCUUCUUAUAAAUAUUCCAAAGGUCUUCUUGUAUUUCUGUACAUUGCUCCAAAAGUUCGAAUGGAAGCCUGAGGGAGAUAAAGCGCCGCCCGUCGAAGUCAUUACGUCAUCACUAAGAGCUCCGACGCCGUUCAAACUUCGCGCCAUUCCUCGCUAUUAA